UCUUCCUUCAGUGAAUCUGAGAAUGUUAUGGUAUUACACACUGUGCCUGCUUGAUUAUUUUUGGUCUGACUGAUAGCAUUGAGUAUUCAGAUAGUACCUAAAAAUUUGACAUUAAGUAAAUUAGGCACAGCUGUUUCUGGAACUUCACAAAAUAUUCCUCUGUGAUUUUGAAGGCGACAGUUUGAAAACCAAGGUUCAUCAUGGAAAUGCUGAGAAGUUUUCUGCUUCUUUUCAUUAUCUUCUCCAUGGGGAAUGCACGAGUUGAGUUAGUCCUAAAAUGCCCCGCUGGAUGGACAAAUUUUGGAAUCAGAUGCUUCAAGUACUUCCCUCAAUCGACUAACUGGAUCACAGCAGAGAGAAAAUGUCAAAGUCAUGAAGCGAAUCUCGUAUCUGUGCAUAAUAAACUGGAAAAUGAGUUCGUGCGGAGUCUGUUGCCUUCUUCCACACCAACUUGGGCUGGUGCUCAUGAUGGUGAACAAGAUGGACAGUGGUUGUGGACUGAUGGAACUGGGUUUGAGUUUACCAACUGGUGCUCUGGAGAACCUAACAAUUACCAACGUAAUCCCGAGAGCUGUUUGGAGAUCAAUCGGGGCUCUAACCGUUGCUGGAACGAUGAAAUCUGUACAGAGUCAAGGCACUAUGUUUGUGUUAAGAACCUGUGAGAUCAUAUGAAGUCAUCCUGCUCCGUAGUUACUUUGAAUGAACUACAUUUACUUUUUCUGAUCUUAUCUUUACAAAAAUGUUAUUCUGAAGCAAAUCUCUUUAAACUUUAUUCUCAAUAUCUUCUCUGAAACACUCUUCAGAUUAAUAAAAGCAUUGAUAAAGCAAAUCA